AUGACUCCUCCAGUUCAGACAAAGCAGGCUUGCAAAGAGCCAAGGGAAAAACCAUCUGGCCUUGGCACAGGGGAGUCUGUAGAAGCCCUGAAGCUGCUGAGCAUCACAUUUCUGCUGUGCUCUCUGACUUGCCUCUUGCUGGAGACUGUUGCUUCCUCUGUGUCACUGCCACAACACUCAGUGGGUGUGUUUGCCGUUAUGAUGCAAGUUCCGGCCUCCAUAGGACCUAAGAUUCCCAUCGAAGAAAAUUCCAGGUCCUGGCUGAGCAACUUCAAGGAUUAUCUCUGCAAUCUCAUCAGGAGCCACAUCCCUCCAGCAGCCAUUUUUAUUUUUCUUAUUAUGUCAGCAAUACUGGGGAUCCUCUGCUGCCUCACGUAA